AUGGAGAAGAGAUACGGACAGUAUCACCAAGGCAGCCUUCUUCUAGACAUCCGAGGGAAACCGAAAGAGAGGCAGGCCGGAAGUCACCUGGCGGAGGGCAGUGGAGGCAAAAAUGAAACAACUAAAAAGAAAGUUGGAAUAUCCUCCAUAGGACGGCGAAAGACCGACAGGGAUGGAGAACCCUCGUUGCUGCCCUACACGCCAAAAGACGUUACAAACAGUAAGGAAGUAGUAUUUAAAAUCCCUGAGGUUGGGCAGAAGGCUAAUCACCUACUCCUGUUAAAAGAUUUGAUUACAGAAACGGAAACUAGAGAUAACAGUAAUGCGGAAACAAGGGUCAGACCAAUCCAAAACCCUGGACGUAGGACGGAUGUCAGCCAAACCAUAACAGGAGCUGACAGCCUGAGUGGAAAGAUCCUUGGACCCAAAACCACCCUCCAGCUUGGUUGCUGGAAUGUAAGAACACUCUACCAAACUGGUAGACUAGCACAAGUUGUAAGAGAAAUGGAGAACGAUAACAUCAAUCUACUAGCAGUUAGUGAAGAAAGAUGGACAGGUAGCGGAAUAAGACAACUCGCCUCGAAACAUCACAUUGCUUUCUCUGAAAGACAAGAUAACUAUCAUGACAGAGAUGUAGCCCUGAUUAUGACCAAUGACAUCAGGAAAAGUCUAAUAGAAUGGAAACCAAUUAAUGAAAGACUUCUGACAGCUAGAUUCUAUUCCACAUAUGCUAAAUUAUCAGUUAUAGCAUGUUGUGCACCAACAGAAGUAGCAGAGGAGGAAGACAAAAACAUCUUUUAUGAGAAAUUGCAAGAACUCAUUGAAACAACACCAAGACACGAUAUUUUAGUUGUUCUUGGCGACCUUAAUGCAAAAGUUGGUAAUGAAAACAUUGGAAAGGAGGCAACAAUGGGAAUGCAUGGAAUAGGAGAGAGAAACAAUAAUGGAGAGAGACUUGUCGAGCUGUGUGAAGAAAACAGUCUUGUCAUUGGAGGGACUAUAUUCAAGCAUAGAGAUAUACAUAAACAAACAUGGACAUCUCCAGAUGAUCAUACCAACAAUCAGAUCGACCACAUUAUCAUCAAUAGAAGACGGAGAGGCUCUUUGCAAGAUGUGAGAGUCAAAAGAGGAGCAGACAUUGGCAGUGACCAUUCUCUAGUUAUUGCGAAGAUAAAACUCAAACUCCGAAAAGUAAGAAAGAAAACAGAACGAAAGUUAAGACUUGAUGUUGAUAAAUUAAAAGAACCAUCUAUCCAAAGAAACUUCCAAAUGGAGCUGAGGAACAAACUUAGUGUGCUUAACGAUGAACAAGAAAUGAGCAUACAUGACUUUAAUAAAACAGUCUAUGAAGUGGGAGAUAAGAUCUUGGGACCCAAAAGAAAAAAUCAGAAGAAUGGAUUUCUAAGAACACCUGGAAAGUUAUAG